AUGACAUCUGUCACUGGAACCGCCGACGCGGGCAUCCAGGAAGACCUUGGCUUUCAGGAUCUGACUCUCCACGGACAGUCCGCUGCCGAGCCUCGGGUCAUAAGAAUCGCUCCAGACUUCAAUCUCCGAAUCCAGGUCUCCGAAUACGAAUCUGCGAUUGGUGCAGAUGGUAAGGACCACAGCAUCGUGUCCCGGUCAGCGAUCUUCGAAGUCGAUCGCCAGAAGCUAGACGCGAGCGAACAUCUUAGCCGUAAGCUUUUUGGCGAGUUGAGAGAGGGAAGCCUUGAUGCCAACGUCGCCGCCAUGGAAAUCCUCUUCCACUAUCUGCACGAUAGUCUGGAAUCAGUCACUGCUGAUGCAGUUUCCAUAGAAACCAUUUACCACCUUAUUAAUAUGUGCGACAAGUACAAGGUCUCCGGUAGUGAGGUAUUCAAGGUCAAGGCGGAGGAGUUGAAGGGCUGGUUUGUGAACUGGUACAACGUGGCGAAGGGGCUUCCAAAAAACAGAUACAGAAGCCACGACUUUUACCGCUCUAUGCUGUUCCCAUGUUACGCCUUCGAUCAUGCCCAAGGCUUCCUUGAGACCUCCAGGUUUGUUAUAUACAACACUGUGGGCCAUAUUGAGGAGCGAAACCCUACAACUCUUCAUAGGCUCCACUUGCCGUCCCGAGUAAUCCAGCAAUUGAACGCGGCACGCGGUCGGCUCAAGACCCUUCUUGUUGAUGGGCUGAUCAAUGAUAUAAGCGACCUUCUCGAUGAGGAUUGCGAGUGCAAGGAGGACACAUUCUUCCAUAUGGCCUCUGGAAAGGAGCUUGAAACACUGCACCACCACCCAGCUGCUCGAUCGCCUCCCGAACUUUUGCGACAAGCUCAUCAGUCCUCGGAACCGUGCUCCUCCGAAAAGCGAGGAUGGAAACUCGGCAUUGGUCAGUAA